GCCGUUACCGCUUCAAAUUUGAAACGGUUCCAUCGUCCGUUGGUGGAGUUUUUGGGUCAGGCGCGGGCAGGUGCUGGGAGAACCACUUGCUUCGGCACAAUGUUUUACGCCCAUCAAGUCCUCCACAGGCGCCAUGGCAAAUUGGGCCUCAUCUGGCUGGCGGCGUGCCAACCCAAAUUCCUGAAGCGGCUCAACACCUUCGCAGUCUCCCUCAACAAACUCAGCAAGGACCUGAGCGAGGAGCUGGCCCAUGGCCUGGGAGGGAGGGCUUUGCUGCGCUCCUCCCUUCGGCUGCGCAGCAAGCUCGUCGGCGGCCUCUGGCUCCUCUACCGCAGGAAGUGCAAGGCACUCAGCGAAUAUGCGGACAAGACGCUGCAGCUCUUGGACGAACGAAACAAGAUGGGCCUCCACCUCAAGAAGAAGGGCAGAAAGAAGAGUCCCGCGACAGAGGACGCCUUGGAAGGCAACUCCCGUUUCGGGAAUGUGCCCCCUAACGACGAGACGCCGGAGAGCGAGGUGGUGGAGCGGCUGGCACAGGCGGCAGGUGAAUGGACUGCUGUGCCGCUGCCAGAGGGCGAAGGUGACCUCCUGCAAGUUCCAACCGGCGGUGCCCUGCAAGCGGACAGGAGUGCCAUCACCCUGAGGGAGGACGUAUCGAGUGUGCGGUUUGAAGAAGAAGUGAACUUUGAGAUCCUCCCUCCGGAGGACCCGACCGAGCUGCAGGAGCUGGAGCAGUUGCUGGAGCAGCUGAGCGGAAGCUCGACCUCCCUGGGAGCGAGGCCGCCCGCCGGAGCUCCGGCAGCCAAGUCCCGGCCCACCUCCCCCGCCCUGAGGGGACCCUCGACAACACCCCCAGGCACGCCCCGCCCAACUCUGUCUCCUCCGGCGUUGCCGCCGUCUCCCAGUGAUGCCACCUUUCCGGUUCCAAUUGACGUGCAACCUGAUGUGCAACCCGACGUGAAACCCGACGUGCAACCCGACGUGCAACCUGACGUGCAACCCGACGUGCAACUCGACGCGCAACCCGAGGCGCAGCCCGAGGCGCAGCCCGAUGUGCAACUCAGAACCAGAGUGAGGCCUGGAAGAGUGGCUCCAGCCAGGCAGCACCGUCCACGUCCCCGGUGUUAUCCCAUCAUCGACGUUGAGACUCAGCUGAGCAUGGAGGAGCUACGCAGAAAUGUGGAUGACUGCCGGCUGACUGCAGAGCUCUGGAGAGACGAGCCCAUUGCCUUGCCAACACUACGAGACGCCGCGGGGCUGCUGCGGGGACCUGGGCGCAGGCUCCUGUCCCGCAGACUUCUGCUUCCCUGGCAGCGGCUGCGUACCCUACCAGAACCGGAUGCCCCGAGCAGCGAUGCCUCCCCACCGCCACCGAGUCUGAUACAGCCCGUCCGAGUGGAGGGAGCACCGGCCGAAGACGCCAGCAUGGCGCCAACGGAGGACGCCAGCAUGGAGGUCGCCAGGGAUCCCAGCCGGCUGUCAGCCCUGGAGGUGUCCGUCGACGUUGGAGGAAUUGCCGAAGCAGACAGGACGGCACUCAGCAUACCUCCUUCUGUUGGAGGCGACGAGGGAGCCUUGCGGCCGUCUGUUGGCCAGUUGCUGGACUUGCCGGAGGAACUGCUUAUUCCGGAAGAGCUACCGCAGGAAGCUCCUGAGUGGGAGGAACAGCUCGCUGCCCAGGAAGUGUCUGCCGGGGAAGAGGUCAGGCGUCCCCCCUCCAUGGAGCCCAUUGUGGAGCAAGAGGAGGUUCAUCAUGGGACGCCGGCCCAAGCCGGUCCGUCCGCCGCCCGGGAGGAGGGAGCCAUGGGCGCAGUGUGGAACCGCCUGGCGAGAAACUGCGACGCACACGGCCUGUGCACCAUGGAGCGCCUCGUGACGCCCGACGCCUUCUGCCGCCGGGAGGUUGCCCACACCUUCGCCACCCUGCUCGGGAUGCACAAGCGGAACCUGGUGCACCUGUCGCAACACCAGCCUUACGGACCGAUCGUCAUCGAGAGGCUGCAGGAUGACCAGAAGACGCCAGAGUUGCCCUUCCCAGGCGGCCUUUAGCUUGUGGCUGUACGCUGUCCCACCAACUGGACUGCUUUGCCAAUUCGACAGACGCCAUUGGGUGUGCCAUUCUGGCAGCUACAAAGAAAGAGCUCGCAACUGCCAAACUUGCUAACCGCUAGUUUCUGCUAGUCACAGUUGUUAUCAUUCCUGGUAGGAUAUACUCUCAUGACAGCUGUGUGUAAGGCUGAAAGUUUACAUUCUUGCCUAACUCAAGGUGCCUUUGGAAUGUACCGCAUUACAUGUGGCUUACAAAGGGGACGGUCACGCCAAGCGGUACAUGCUAGUCAUUUAUCUUCGUUUCCGUUUUCUGCUCAAACUGACUGCCUCACAAAGUACAAAUGUUUAUCCUACGCUGCAUAGUUUAUAUGACCAGUGCGAAAGGGCAUUCCUCUACAUCACAUUUUCGGGCCUCGCGUACAAUUUUUUCAUCUCAAAAAUUUUCUAUCCAAAUUAAUUUUUUCGUUUGCGGGAAAGCUUUUGUGGUUCUUUCUGUUGUCAAGCUGGUGCAGGCAGCCUGCAGUACAAUGUGGCCGAAAUGGAUUGAAUGCGCUUUAAACUGACCGUAUAAAUCGGUUUCUUAACUUAUCAGAGCUGCUCUAAGCUGGUGCAUUCAUUAAUCUAGAGUAUGAAUACAUGAAACCUCCGGAGUCAAAAGAAAGAAAAUAAAAACUGGCCUUAUCUAUGUUUUCUGAAAAUCGUCAGAAAAUCGCUGUUGCUUUUACUUCGAUUAAAAAAUUUGUGAAAUGGAAAGAAAAUAGAAUUGGCUUAAAUAUUCUUCACUUCAUUUGACCCAAAUAAGUGCCACAGUGACACAUACUUUUUAGUAGGUUUUUCUCGAUUUACUCGGAUGAGCCAAUCUUUCCACAAUUUUAGUGAAAGCUUCCACCAACUUCAGGCACCUCUAUAGUAAAUAAAUCCCAGUGCAAUAAGUUAAGAAACCAAAUUAUGCGGUCAGUUUAAAGUUUGUUCAAUUCCUUUUGUCCACGCUGUACUGGCUUCCCUUUUUCAGUACCUGAAAAAAAAAAAAAGUUUUUUUGUGGUUUGUGGAAAAGGAUUCUCAUACUGCUUUUAAUCCCAUUUUACAGUUUAUGUAUGUUCAUUGACCUCACCUCAUGACGGCUGUUUUUUUGACAAUCCCACUUUGGUGUGUUCUUUUAUGCUAGUUGCUGAGAGUGCUGUGUGGGUUUUGCACAGUCACAAACCAUGGGAACAUUGACAGGCAUUGGUAAAUAUUUUGUGCGCCAUAAUUUUUCGGUACUUUGCCGCAGUGGCCCUGUUUUUUGGCCAGCACUCGCGUUAAUGUUUUUCACUGGGCAUGUGCUCUGCUGCAGAACAAUUGUGGAGCACAUAGUUUUUACAGCUUUACAUUUAUAAAUAAAUCUGCUUUUGCAGUUAACAAUAUUUGGUGUGGUUCUUUAAAACGGAUUGUUACAGUUGACGAGUAACCGCCACUGCUAAGACUGACAUUAGAUUGUAAAAUAUCACAUACUCUUUUUUCA